GCACGGUCGUUAUAUCGGUGGCUACACUCCAUCAUAUCAUCGUCUCCCAAACCUCCAGCUCUCAUUCAUGUCAAAGCACACACCGACUCAUCAUCCUUGCCAGCACGAGCAAACACAUUAGUAGAUGCUAUUGCCCAUGACUCUCACUCUCAGGUCAUUCGACCCUAUCCCGUGCCGUAUGCUACAUUUGAACUGGACAGUUUUGUUCUAUACUCCCCUUCUUUGAAGUUUAUUGAAUGUCCUUUGCCGUUAUUGCUUACUCACAUACUCUCCAGUCACACUGCAGCUGAUCCGACCUUUGUACCUGGUCGUACCCUCACACUGCCUCUUUACGACUUGCAUGCGCCACCAGACCAUCCUUACGUGCGGACGCCAUACGCAUACUCCGCGCUGGUACAGCUCUAUGCGAGAUCACGCCAAUUGGACUCUGCUAGUGUACGAUUUGCCCGUAUGGGAAACGUAUCACCGUGGUGCCAAUUUGGGUGUGAGUGUCUGGAAACGCCGCAUCAUCUAUUUGCCAAGUGUCGUCGUUUCGCGGAAACGCGCAUCAAGUCGUCGCAGGAAGUGGUAGAUACAACUUCCAUGCUUCUUUGUGAAGCAAAAACCACUAUUCGAACAACGGAUGUUUAUCUACACUCCGCACGGCGCUUGUUCGUUGACGACGCUUCGGUGUGGCCUUUG